AUGGCAGAUAGGAAUCAUAUGUUGGAUGAGUUAAAAGAGCAUUUAGUCCAGGCCCAAAACAGAAUGUGCAAGCAAGCCAACAAGCAUCGACGGGAGGUGGAAUUUGAAGUUGGAGAUGUAGUGUAUUUGAAGAUACAGCCUUAUAAAUUAAAGAGCUUGGCUAAAAAGGUCAAUCAAAAGUUAAGUCCGAGAUAUUAUAGGCCUUACGAAAUUGUGGAGAAGUUUAGUCCUGCUGCCUAUAAACUGCAACUACCUUUAGGAAGCAAAGUGCAUCCAUUUUUCCAUGUUUUUGCACUUAAGAAAUCCAUUGCUGCAAUAAUUACUAGCCAACCAUUACCCUUAUUUUUAGUAGAUGAUUGGGAAUUGAAGGUUCAACCAGCAGAAGCACUUGCUGUUAGAAGGAAUCAACAAGGGGAUCUCGAAAUUGUUAUUAGGUGGAAAGAUUUACCAAAUUUUGAAAAUUCGUGGGAAGCUUUAUCUAUAAUCAAGGAGCAUUUUCCUGAUUUCCACCUUGAGGACAAGGUGUAUCUUGUGGAGGGGAGUGUUGUUAGGAACCUUGAAAUAGUUAGGCCCAAACCCAAAAUAUCUAAGGUGUAUGUUAGACAAAGAAGGAAUGGCAAAGUAGGGGAUCAAAAUGGUCAGAGAGAGAAUGAGAAGAAUCUUUCCAUAUAA